AUGGGUCGCAAGUCUGACAACGAUGAUUCUGGACGCGAGCCCGCCAAAGCAACGGAUGGCGCUGGCCCUUCCUCAAAGCCAGCGGCCAAUGGACCGCGGCGUAUCAAGGGCAAGAGAACAAGAACAGCACGCAAGCCGGUCCGAUCCGCCGCCAACGCCAGGCCGCCUGUUCAGCGUGUCGGUCGGCCCGAAGUCGUUGCUCUCAAGAUCAGCCAUCCUGCACUCGCUGUAGAGAUCACGGCAUUGUUUGCGACUAUUCCUAUGAUCGGUCGACCUCUGCAGCAGGUCCCAGCAGCGCUGAUUGCUCUCCAUACGACGGUGAUGCCGAGCAUCGCCGCAACGGCCCACAGUAAGCCAAGUCUUAUAUCCUGGCUGACUCCUAGUCUUCAUGGUAUUCCGCGUAGUGUUGUUGAGGAGCACAUUGAGGCUUUCUUUACGCACAUUUAUCCCCUUCAAGCCAAUGCUGUUGUCCAUCGAGGCACCCUCCUUCGCGAUGUGGCUGACGGCACCGCCUCGCGAAAGAUGAUUCUGGCCAUCUGCGCCGCUGCAGCUCGUUUCGUCAAACCUCCCGACGAUACGGCUCCCUUUCCUAUCAUGGGCACGGCUACUACCCGGAGAUGGGCGAAUGAAGCCAAAGGGCUUCUCUUGACAGAGGACAUGAACCCAGAGAGUAUUGCUGCCGCGCUCAUCUUGGCUAAGAAUGACAUCCACAGUGGGAAGGCCAGUCAAGGGUUUGUAUUGGCCGCAGUUGCUACACGAAUGGCCCUUGCCUUGCAGCUGCACCACGAGCUUCCCAACGACAAACCUGCCACUGUGACAGAGCGUGAAACGCUCCGUCGCCUCAUGUGGAGCUGCUACUCUCUGGACAGAAUGAUGUCCACGGGUGUCGCGGAAUACCUGGCUGCUCCCAGACUCUCGAUUCGGUUACCCUGCGAUGACCAGCCGUUUGCCUUUGGACUCAGCACAGAAACGCCCCGUGUGGCUUUGGAGACUGAGGCCGAUGCCCAUGAUCAAGAGGCGAACCCCGCAACUUUCGAAGGCGUUGGGCUGUUCGCGCACUUUGUGCGUCUGCAGGGCAUCCGUACCAUGAUCCUCCGAACGGCUCGCUACCGAGAACCGUCCGAUCUGCCACCAUGGGAUCCAGCAUCACGAUUCAACGCCGCCGAGCGCAAGAUAAAGGAUUGGUACAACUCGCUGUCACCGCAAUUCCGGCUUGACCCGGAGACCAUUUACGCCCGCAAGUUCCAGAACGAGUUGACGCCUCUCGCCAUGUUGCAUAUAUGGUAUCACAUGAACUACGCAGAACUCACACGGCCGGCAUUACCGGGCUUCGUCGAGUCUUUGGAAUCGGAAAUCUCCAACACGGCGCCCCCAGGGUGGAUCGAUCGACAGCGUGACGAAUGCGUUGCUCACGCUCGGAUGAUAUCCGGCACACUUGCACAUGUGGCAAGUCUAGUAGACCUGGAUUCUGUCGUGUUCGGAGAUCCAUCACUCGGUAUCUGCGUGUAUGAGAGCGUCCGCAUCCGCCUGCAGCACGCGUUCUUGCUGCCUCCAGACGCUCAGUCCCUUGAACUCAACCAGCUCACAGCCGACUUUGCUGUCAUGGCCAACGUCUUGCAAAGGGCUGGGCGAUACUACUCUACCCGCAGGCUCUUGCGACGCCAUGGUCUCGACGACGGGACUGUUUCCGAGGGGUCUGGCGCGGCCAGCCCUGUUGCCCCCGACCCGUGGUCUCGACGCGUUCGGACGCUGAGGGCUAACCAUCUUGGCAGACCUGCCCCUAGCUAUCCACCUCCGAGUAGCAAUGGAAGCUACCCGCCGCCUGCGAUCUCUUCAUCUCAGCUCUACGGAGACACCUCCGCUCUGUUGUCGUGGAGCGGCGGGGUAGCAAGCGCCGAACCUACCCCGCAGGGCCACAGCCCCGAAGAGAUGGCCAUGCUGUUGGGGGAGUUAAACCAGGCCGCCAUGCCCAUGGGCAUGGGAAACCCGUUCAGCGAUCUGCUCAGUGGAUGGCUAUUGGAUACGAGCAGGUUCCUCUUGGGGGCACCGUGUAGAAAUGAAAUCUCUUUGCUGUAG